CCGUGAGUCGAUUACCUAUCAAAUGGAUGGCGCCGGAGUCCAUCAACUUCAGACGCUUUACCUCGGCGAGUGAUGUCUGGAUGUUUGCUGUGUGCAUGUGGGAGAUCAUGAGUAGAGGUCUGCAGCCGUUCUUCUGGCUGGAGAACAAGGAUGUGAUAAACCAGCUGGAGCAGGGCAUCCGUCUGCCCAAACCUGAGCAGUGCCCGCCGACCCUCUACUCCCUCAUGACCCGCUGCUGGGCCUACAGCCCCCGCGAGAGACCCAGCUUCACUGAGCUCGUGUGCAAGCUGAGUGAUGUUCAUAAUAUGGAGAAGGAAGUGGAGGUGGAGGAGCUGAGAGGCAGAACUCGCUCCAUAAAUAUAAACCCAUUUACUGAUGCUCCACCGAAGCCGUCAAGAAUGAAACCAUCAGGUUUCAGCACUCUCAAACCACAUCUACAUCUCCAGCUGCCCGAGUCUCUGCGUUUUAGUUCACCAUUCCUCGUCAGCCCGCCAGAUUGGCGCUCUGUGCUCAUGUUCGGCUAGGCGCUGACCCUACCGCCAUCCCCUCGCCGUGGCAGUAUGGGGGUAAGAGCGCCACCUGCCUUCAGUACUGCAAACAAGCAUGCUCCUGUGUGUUUAAAGGAGUAGUUCACCCAAAAAUUUUAAUUUGC